GAGGUAGUGGACAGCAUGCGAGGUGGAGAGACGUGCAGCGUCCUCGGCGACUGAAUCACUCCUACAUCUGCUCAUCUGUCAUCCUGUGCACUUCCGUUGAGCGGGAAGAGUCCAAAGGCGAGGAGUCGCGGUGGUGAAGCUCAGCAACAGGGCGCAGGGCGCAGUGCACGAUGCCGCUGAACACGGGGAGCUCCCGCCACUAGCCCCGGCGCCUCGCCGCUCCUGCGGAAUAAAGCGACAUGCCCGUGCUGAGAGGAGGAACAAGUGGAAGAGAAUACAAACCAUGUAGCUUCCCCGCCGCGUCCCGCACAGCUCAGAGAACCGGCGCAGAAAAGAGAUAAUAGAUAGCUAGCUAGGCUAACCGGCUUUAAUUGGCGUCGUACAUGCAAAGUUACUCGUGGCAAGAGCAAGUAGCCUGUUAGUGCAGCUGAGACAAAAGGAACCGCAUUUUUUUUCUUACAGCGGGUGCCAAAGACGACAGAAGAGUCAAGUAUGUUACGGAGAAGGCUAAAUGUUCUGUUCGGUGGGGAUGAGAAAAGAGUGGACAGCAGGACCAUUUACGUAGGACAUCGCACAUGUCCGGCCACCGAAGCCUUCAUCCCUCCUAAAUUCUGUGACAACAGGAUAGUGUCUUCCAAGUACACAAUAUGGAACUUCCUGCCAAAGAACCUGUUUGAGCAGUUCAGACGAAUCGCCAAUUUUUACUUCCUUAUUAUAUUUUUGGUGCAGGUUAUUGUGGAUACCCCAACCAGCCCUGUGACCAGUGGCUUACCACUGUUUUUUGUGAUAACAGUGACAGCUAUCAAACAGGGUUAUGAGGACUGGCUGCGGCACAAAGCAGACAACGAAGUGAAUAAGUAUCAAGUGAGUGUGCUGGAGAACGGUAACCCAGCGCGAAAGGAGAGCGAGAAGAUCAAGGUGGGUGAUAUAGUGGAGGUUGUGGAGGAUGAGACCUUUCCCUGUGACCUCAUUUUGCUGCAUUCCAGUCGAGAGGAUGAUACGUGCUUCGUCACCACAGCCAGCCUGGACGGAGAGUCCAACCAUAAAACACAUUACACUGUGCCAGAUACAGAGAAGAAUUUGCAGUCUCUCAUUGCUACCAUCGAGUGUGAGCAGCCCCAGCCUGACCUCUACAAGUUUGUGGGACGGAUGCACAUUUACAAGCCCGAUCAGGAGUCACCAGUAAGAUCUUUGGGUCCAGAGAAUCUGCUCCUGAAAGGCGCAACCUUAAAAAACACCACGAAGAUUUAUGGUGUAGCAGUGUACACAGGUAUGGAGACAAAAAUGGCUCUCAACUACCAGGGCAAGUCUCAGAAACGCUCAGCUGUAGAGAAGUCCAUCAAUGCUUUCCUGCUGGUCUAUCUGUGCAUCCUGGUCAGUAAAGCAGUGGUGUGCACCACGCUGAAGCACAUUUGGCAGAACCGAGAAGGACCUGACACAGCCUGGUACAACCCCGAAACCCAGAAGGAGAAGGAUACUUAUUUGUAUCUGAAGAUGUUUACAGACUUCCUCUCCUUCAUGGUGCUCUUCAACUUCAUCAUCCCUGUAUCCAUGUAUGUCACUGUGGAGAUGCAGAAGUUCUUGGGUUCCUUCUUUAUCACGUGGGAUAAGGAUUUCUUUGACCCAGAGAUUCAGGAGGGGGCGCUGGUUAAUACCUCUGACCUCAAUGAGGAGCUUGGGCAGGUGGAGUACAUAUUCACAGACAAGACGGGGACACUGACCCAGAACAACAUGGAGUUUAUUGAGUGCUGUAUAGAUGGCUUCCAGUAUAAGGACACAGAGUCCAGGAGUGAGGUGGAUGGGUUCUGUGUGACGGAUGGACCAAUGAAUAAACUGCAUCAGAAGGCUGAGCAUGAGAGGGAAGAGCUUUUCCUGCGGGCUCUGUGUUUGUGUCACACAGUGCAGGUGAAGGAUGAGAUCGACAAAAUAGAGAGCGACCAAAUAGAUGGGCUGGACGGAGGACACUCCCAGCAGGCUGAGCAAGGCGAGACAGGAUACAUUGCAUCCUCCCCAGAUGAGGUCGCUUUAGUUAAAGGAGCCAUGAAAUACGGGUUCACCUUCAUGGGUUUGGACAGUAAAACGAUGAAGAUAAGGAACAGGCAAAAUGAGAUAGAAGGAUAUGAGUUGCUUCAUGUGCUCAACUUUGACCCUGUGCGGCGGAGAAUGAGUGUCAUAGUCAGGACCAAGACGGGUGAGACAUUGCUUUUUUGCAAAGGGGCAGAUUCCUCUAUCUUUCCCAGAGUUAUGCCAGAUGAGGUGGACAGAAUCCGCAUGCACGUUGAGCGCAAUGCUACGGAGGGCUACAGGACCCUGUGUGUGGCCUAUAAGCAGCUGAGCCCAGAGGAGUAUGCUGCAGCAGACGCAAGUCUAAGGGAAGCUCGACUGGCUCUGCAGGAUCGUGAGGAGAAGCUCAUGGCUGUGUAUAACGAGGUGGAGACUGGCAUGAGUCUGAUUGGAGCUACAGCAGUAGAAGACAGAUUGCAGGAAGAGGCUGCCGAGACAAUGGAAGCCCUACAUGGGGCUGGGAUGAAAGUGUGGGUUCUCACUGGAGACAAGAUGGAGACGGCCAAGUCCACAUGCUAUGCUUGCCGCCUGUUCCGGAGUGGCACAGAGCUGCUGGAGCUGACUGUGCGCACGCUGGAGGAGGGAGGGAGGACUCGUGAGGAAAGACUCCAUGAGCUCCUUCUGGACUACCACAAGAGGGCAGUGCAGGACGCACCACCCAUAAAAGCUGGAAUCACCAGGAGCUGGUCCACGGCCAGUCAGGAGUACGGCUUCAUCAUAGACGGAGCCACACUGUCUUUAGUAAUGAACACCUCUCCUGAUACAAACUCCAGCCGCUAUAAGAGCCUCUUCUUGCAGAUCUGCCAGAACUGCACAGCUGUGCUCUGCUGCCGCAUGGCACCACUGCAGAAGGCACAGAUAGUGAAAAUGGUGAAGAAUUCUAAAGGCUCUCCCAUCACCCUGUCCAUUGGAGAUGGUGCCAAUGAUGUCAGCAUGAUCCUGGAGGCUCAUGUGGGCAUUGGUAUAAAGGGUAAAGAGGGGAGGCAGGCAGUCAGAAACAGUGACUAUGCCAUUCCUAAACUGAAACACCUAAAGAAGCUGCUGUUAGUUCACGGCCACCUCUACUACGUCCGCAUCGCCCAUCUAGUGCAGUACUUCUUCUACAAGAACCUCUGUUUCAUUUUACCUCAGUUCCUGUACCAGUUCUUCUGUGGUUGCUCCCAACAGCCCCUGUAUGACGCAGCCUAUCUGACGAUGUACAACAUCUGCUUUACCUCCAUGCCUAUCCUGGCAUACAGUCUGCUGGAGCAGCACAUAUCCAUUGAGGUCCUGCUACAUAAUGCUACUCUCUACAAGGAGAUAGCAAAGAACGCUAUGUUACGGUGGGGUCCCUUCCUCUACUGGACCAUAUUGGGGAUUUUCCAGGGGCUUCUCUUCUUCUUUGGUGUUAAAUAUCUGUACACAAACCCAGCACUGCAGGACAACGGCCAGGUGUUUGGAAAUUGGUCCUAUGGAACAACAGUUUUUACAGUCCUUGUUUUUACUGUCACACUAAAGCUGGCCUUGGACACACGGCACUGGACAUGGCUCAACCACUUUGUGAUCUGGGGCUCACUGGCCUUCUAUGUGUUCUUCAGCUUCUUCUGGGGAGGCAUAAUCUGGCCAUUCCUGAGACAGCAGCGGAUGUACUUUGUCUUUGCUAACAUGCUUAGUUCGGUGUCUGCCUGGCUAGUCAUCAUCCUCCUCAUCCUCGUCAGUCUUCUUCCCGAAAUCCUAUUGGCAGUCCUGCGUAAGCCCAAAGGCCCUCGCGCUCAAAAGAAGAAGCCGGCUUGCUCGAGUACGGGGGGCAGCCACUCCUCCCAAUCUUCAGCCAGGCCUCUGCUCAUGAGAACCUUUUCAGACGAGUCCAAUACUGUCAUAUGAACAGCUGUCACAGGACACCCUCCUUCAUACAGACAGGUCGCCGCUAUCACCACAUUGUCCUACAAGUUUCUGAAUGAACGCUACUGAAGGACAUGGAAAAAGCCAGGAGGGAGAGCUCCCCGAGCUAUACUGGCUGCUUGUCCUCCUGCCUGGUCAAAAACAGACAAGAAAAUGGGAGCAACCAAAAGAAAAUGAAAAUCAAACCAAAAAAGCCUUUUCAUACCAGGCCUGGAUCCAGCAGUCUGACAGCCCUCUGGCUCUUAUUUCUCUCCCGUUCAUCUUUUCCUUUUUCUAGUAUGACUUCACAUAUGCACACUGUGUCGCUGGUCCUCACAGCAUGUGCCACUUUUCGACCACGAUGUUCCAUGACUCAUCCACCACGUCUUGCUCCUGCAUGGGAGCAGCUGUCACCAGUGCCACAUUCCCCUGUCAUCCCAGCAGGAUUUUUCUUCCAGGUUUCUAGUCUAGCUCUAGUGUCAGACUUUCAAGAUUGUGGGCUUUCUCGAACAUGCUGUACUGAUGGCCCUGACCCUACCGGUUUACAAAGCUGCCUUUCAAAAACAAGCUGUGUGUCCACUUGCGUGAAGCCAGAGGUGUGCAUGUGCUUUCCUGUUGUGUGUGUGGUCAAGAGACAUACUCUAAAGUGUGCAAACUUUUCUUUAGUUCUGUUAUAAAUUUGGGUGCAGAUCAUUAUUUCUAAUGAUGCAGGGAUCACUUGAGACAUCGGAUUAUAGAUUACUAGUUGUUAAUAAGUGGAUGUGUAUUUCCAUCAAGAGUUUGCUGGAAACCAAAAAAAAAGUCUUGUGGAGUUCCUGCUCGCCAUAGCCAGUCCUGCACGUGUGAUGGCAUAUGUGUGUGUUUCCUGUGAGAGAGACUGAGGUGAACUUUAAAUCAACAGAGUGUGGAACAUGGGGCCAGUGUAUUCUCUCCGUACUGGCACGGGGUCAGGUUUCACUCGUUAUUGUUGUUUUUGCCUUCAACCUGAGCACAGCAUUUGUCUUCAGUUUCUUCUUUCUGCUCCUUCCUACUUUGCGCUUCCUCAUACAUUCCAUUUGUGUGUGCCAUAGUUUCAAUCACUUUCUCGAUUAUUACUGAUUUUCCUUUUGACUGUGUGAAUCAAUUUGACAUAUUUAUUUAAGUAGUUUUAGUCACAAAGGUUAUAUUUUUAUGACUUGUAUCUUUUUAUCAUCAAGAACAGUGCGUUUAACCUGUGUAAUCCCACAUGCUGGGUUAAUUGGAUGUUUGAGAGCAGGGAUAGCUGCUAGAUCAGCAUUUCACACAUUACUCAGUUGGUUUAAUGUUGGAAUGGUGCACGAAGUCACAUCUCAAUAUGACCUUAAAUGAAAGCUGAAUGUCUAUUUGUGUAUGUAUGUAUUUGCUAGUAGCCCAAACUGGGCAUAAAGAAUCAAUUUUGGGCAUGUUUUUUUUUUUUUUUUUUUUUUUUUUUAAUUAAAUUGGUCAUGUUUUGAAAUCAUUCAGAUCUGGAAGGCGUCGUGCCCCGUUACAGCGUAACCCGAUUUAAACCAGCUACAUGUGCAUUACUGUGAGAGCAGUGGCGUGUGUUAGACCUCUGACUGUGUCAUGAUGCCAAGCAUCUUAAGCCCAGAUUUCAGUUAGCCUAUCAGCACUUUCUAAUUCUGUCAUUAACUGCUAUUUUGAGAAAAGAAUAUACAUAAAAGCUCUAUAUUGUAUUUAUAUUUCAUUUGGUUGACAGAUUUACUUGGGAAUAUCUGGGUUACACAGCCAUUUAGCAGUGACAUUCUGAGAUAAAGUCUUAUGCACAGCGCAUACAUACACCAUGUCCACCUGUUUGUGGUGUGUGUGCGUGCGUACGCGUGUGUGUGUGUGUGUGUAUAGAGCUCAGAAUGGGGGUGGGUGAAUGGGACCUGCUUGCAAUGUUUCAAAUACCUUUAAAUUACAUCAGAGAUGCUAUUUUCACAGCUUACAACUGUUUGUUUGUCAUACUUGCCUGAAAACAAGAAAAAAAAAAUUGACUGUAUUUUUAAUGCACCCUUUUUUUCAAGCUAUUUUGUAAGAAAAUGGGGAAGAAAUGUCCAAAAAAAAGGUAUAAGACUGCCUGAGGGUGAAAAGUGGGCAGUGUCAGGAUGUGGUGCUGAUGACAGUCCAGCACAAAACAGAGACCUUCAGGCUCUGACCCACUAAGCUGAAUGUACCUCUUUAACACCAGUCUGUUCCAAAUUAAAAAAAAAAUCUUUAUAUAAUAAAACUCUUUUGAAAUCAAA